CAGGCCCAGGCAGCCCGGAGGCCACGGACUAGUCCACCGCCCCGUGGGUGCAUUGGCGCCGGCCUGAUGGGUGGGCUCCAUUGGCUGCUCAGCUGCCACUGACUGACGUCCGCGCGGAGCCGGGUGACAGCGGAGGUAAACAGCCAUGAGCAGCCCUCUUGUCUAUAUUUAACAGCUGCUGCGGGGAAGACAGGGAGGCAGGCAACUGUGGCAGCUCGGGCGGUACUUGUCUUGGGGGACAAGGCCCUCGGAGCCAGGCUGGCACGGACCUUCUCGGGGUGAUCAGGCAGGGAGGGACAGCAUGCCAGCUUCCCAGAGCCGGGCCCGCGCCCGGGACCGCAACAACGUCCUCAACAGGGCCGAGUUCCUGUCCCUGAGCCAACCCCCUAAGGGGACCCCGGAGCCCCGCAGCUCGGCCAGGAAGGCCUCCGGGCCCUCGGCACAGCCCCCACCCGCCAGCGAGGGGCCCCGCGAGCGACGCCAGUCCCAGCAGCUUCCUGAGGAGGACUGCAUGCAGCUGAACCCCUCGUUCAAGGGCAUUGCCUUCAGCUCCCUGCUGGCCAUCGACAUCUGCAUGUCCAAGCGGCUGGGGGUGUGCGCCGGGCGCGCGGCGUCCUGGGCCAGCGCCCGCUCUAUGGUCAAGCUCAUCGGCAUCACGGGCCACGGCGUGCCCUGGAUCGGGGGCACCAUCCUCUGCCUAGUGAAGAGCAGCACUCUGGCGGGCCAGGAGGUGCUCAUGAACCUGCUCCUGGCCCUGCUCCUGGAUAUCAUGACGGUGGCAGGCGUACAGAAACUCAUCAAGCGCCGUGGGCCCUACGAGACGAGCCCGAGCCUGCUGGACUACGUCACCAUGGACCUGUAUGCCUUCCCUGCCGGCCACGCCAGCCGCGCGGCCAUGGUGUCCAAGUUCUUCCUCAGCCACCUGGUGCUGGCGGUGCCGCUGCGUGUCCUGCUGGUGCUCUGGGCCUUCUGCGUGGGGCUGUCGCGGGUGAUGAUCGGCCGCCACCACAUCACUGACGUCCUCUCGGGCUUCAUCAUCGGCUACUUUCAGUUCCGCCUGGUGGAGCUGGUGUGGAUGUCCUCCAACACCUGCCAGAUGCUCAUCUCCGCCUGGUGAGGGCCCCAGCCCGCCCUGGGGCCAGCGGUGGCAGCAGCAGGCUCGGGGGCACCGGGGAUGGCACCUGGGGGCUCAACUUCUAUAGCAUGGCUGGAGGCCAGUGACCCAGGCGGCCCCAGCGACUGGCAUGGCUGGCAGUACCCAGCCCCUGCCCCACUGCUUGGACUCCAAGUCGCCUCUGGAGGUGCCUGAGGCCCAGCUUGGCUUGGCUUUAGCUUGGGGACAACCAGUGAGACCAAGAUGGCAGCAGGAGGGGCUGGAUUUUGUCCCACUGUGAUGACUGUUGAGAUCCUGGCCACACCCAACUCGAUGCCUGGCAGGCCACCGUUACCAAGGAUGGCCCUUAAGGGCUUAGCACAGCAGCGUUUCCCACAGGUGCCCAUGAUACCGCCUGGGCACGGCCGCAGACUGCCCAGCGCCAGAACUGUAGCCCCGAGCUUCCCGAACGUAUCCGAGCACAGGAGCCUUCCCUCGGGGAACCGCUGUCCCCAGGCCCAGGGCCCCAACUUUGCGUGACCGAUGGGUCAGCUGUAUGCAUACGCGCACCUCAUGCGAAAAUACAGAGGCAGCCAGGCCACG